AUGGCCUCCAGCCCCAGCCCCAGCUUCUCAUCCUCCUCCCUCUCCUCCCUCUCCCACAGCGUCUCCACUAUCGACAGUAGCUGCCCGGAGCUCUCCGCAUCCCUCCAGGAGGCCAUCAACACCAACCCACCCCUAUUCUCGUCCCCCGGCUUCGCGGGCAGCUCCCGCCAGAACAGUGGGCAUCCCAGGCAGCAAUAUAUCCGCAACUACACCUACCCAGACACACCGGGUGUGUCUGGGAUCCCGCCGCCGUACCACGUGGAUGAGACGGCACCGCUGAGGCCGCUGCUGCGACCGCUGCUGGGGGUGGCGAGUGCGAGUGAUAGUGAUGAUGGACGUCAGCGCGAAACACGGAGGGGCUGCGGGUGGAGGCAGGUGGUGAUGCCGUGGUGCCAGGCGGUGAUGCUUCUGUUGAUGGGGCUGGCGGCGGCGGUGGUAGUGACGCUUUUUGUGGUGCUUCUUAUGGGGUGCGUUAAGGCUUGGAGGGAGUGA